AUGCAAUUCGGUGCGAUAGUGCCGAGUAUGCCAGAUGUGGUACUUCGAAGAAUUUUUGAUUCGUUAACCUAUAAGGAACUGUGUCGAUUUGAGUUUGAUUUCUUAUCUGGUGUUCUGAGACGAUCACGACUGUACAUACGAAAGCUCAGUUGUGAUUUACGAUUUUUGGCUAAUCUUGACCAGUUGAAGUGUGAUCGGGAGAGGAAUCGACGGUAUUGGAGUAAUGUGGAGGAAGUGUGGCUAGUGAUCAGCAAGUUGAAUGAACAAAUUACCGACAAAUUUCUUGCGAUCGAAAGUGAUCUCUUCUUGAACCUCAGUGAAUUAACCGUACAAAUACAUCAACUUACAUCUCAAGCAGAUAAUGCUGAUCGGGUUUUAUCUGCUAUCAUCAGUCGGUUUCCCAGUGUGUUCAUCAAUAUGGAACUUCAUGCAAUAACUUGUGAUGAGAUAUAUUACCAAUUACACGCGUUUUCACCGACGAAACUGAACAAAUUGAAAUUGGUUUGUGUUGCAUACGAGCCGUCAAAGAUAUCUCUCACCCGUAUUGCACGCAACCUCAAACAAAGUCACAUCGAUAUUCGCAAUUUCACACUUCGUGACUGGUGUAUUGAGUGUGAUCCCAACGAGCCACUAUUUCACAAUGCAAUCAAUACGUUCCGAAUUAGUUCGUGUAAUAUUGAUAGUGUUGAUAAAUUAGCAUCAGCACUUCAAAAGACCGUCCAAGUCGCUGAGUUGGAGGAACGGAAUCACGACGAUCGACUGCAUAAUGAUAAUCAGAAACGUGAAAAAAUGGAUCGUUGCGAUUCGCUUGAAAAUUUCAUUGAACGUCUUGAGGUGGCCGGUCAAUGCAUCUUCCACGGGCUGGAUUACUUGAAUGAUAAGGCUCAUAUUGAAUUUGAGUAUCGAAUUCAUUCAAGACUUCCAUCACUCGAAAUUGAUUGCUCAGAUAUUUAUUACUACGAUUGA